AUGAUAUGUGUAGAUUAUGAAAGAGGGGUUUUCUCCUGUACUGUUCCUGUUUCUGACCGUGUCUCUCUCUCUCUCUUACAGACGUGUUUGGAGUUGGAGCGGUACCUGCAGACGGAGCCCAAGCGUCUAUCAGAGCUGUUUGACGAGGAGCUUGACUGCCUCCUGACGCCUGCCUUCAUGCAGGGUGCUGACAGUGACCUGAUGGAUCCCCUGGACCCACUGGACCCCCUCCUCCCCAACCUCCCCGACCAGCCCAGCCCCCCUCCCCUCCUCGUCUCCCUCCCCAAGGUCCUACAGGCCCCACACCCCCACAACACCAAGGCCUCUGGAAAAGAGUCUGGAGCAAAGACCACCAAGGAGGGGGUCAACGGAGUCAACGCUGCCCAGCUGAGUGCCGUCACCUCCCUCACGCCGCCCUCCUCGCCGGAGCUGGGCCGCCACCUGGUCAAGCCCACGCAGACUCUCACUGCUACGGCCGACGGCACGCUCACGCUCAAACUGGUGGCCAAGAAGGUUGGUCUAAACGCAGCCAAGCUGGUGGCCAUGCACGCCACGCUACCCUCGCCGCCCAGCAGGGGGGCACACAGCGACAGCGAGCAGGGGUCUGGGUCGCUGGGGGGAGAUAUCCCAGAGAACAAGAAGAGAGUCCAUCGCUGCCAGUUCAACGGCUGCAGGAAGGUUUACACCAAGAGUUCCCAUCUGAAGGCACACCAGAGGACACACACAGGUGAGACAGAACCUAUAGGUCUUGACCUUGUGCACUGUGUACCAUGCAUCAUGCACCAAACACACUGCCUGAAAACUGUCUAGCCUGGCCAUGCACCUACAGUAACACAGGUGCAACAUGCACCUAACACAAGACUCAGAAAGAUGAUAGGUUUAGGUUUUAACGCUCUGCCUGAAAACAGAAAGAUGAUAGGUUUAGGUUUUAACGCUCUGCCUGAAAACAGAAAGAAGAUAGGUUUAGGUUUUAACGCACUGCCUGAAAACAUCUGUUUGGCUAUCAGUUCUCAGCUUGAUUGGGGUAAGUGUAAGGAUUGCAAUCCAUUUUUAUGAAGUAGAAACAAUGAGGCAGUAUUGAUCGAUCCCUCUAUCUCCCAGUGUGAGUUCCUUCAUAUGAGCUAAAAAUGUCAGCUCUGCAUUGAUGCCUCUCCCAUUCACCUCAGUGACUCUAUUGAGUCUCUAACUGAAACUAGUCUCUCCAUCCACAAGCUGCCAGCGAGGGAGUGAUAUGGUAAUUGCCAGAUGAUUGAUAGACUGACAGGUCUAAAUGGAGUCUCAGUGCAAAUUCAGCCAUAUCUGCUGCAGCCUGGAGUAUCUUAUUUUAUUUUAUUUUAUUUCACCUUUAUUUAACCAGGUAAGCCAGUUGAGAACAAGUUCUCAUUUACAACUGCGACCUGGCCAAGAUAAAGCAAAGCAGUGCGAUAAAAACAACAACACAGUGUUACAUAUGGGGUAAACAAAACAUAAAGUCAAAAAAAUACAACAGAAAAUAUAUAUACAGUGUGUGCAAAUGUAGCAAGUUAUGGAGAUAAGGCAAUAAAUAGGCUAUAGUGCAAAAUAAUUACAAUUAGUAUUAACACUGGAAUGCUAGAUGUGCAAGAGAUUAUGUGCAAAUAGAGAUACUGGGGUGCAAAUGAGCAAAAUAAAUAACAAUAUAGGGAUGAGGUAGUUGGGUGGGCUAAUUUCAGAUGGGCUGUGUACAGGUGCAGUGAUCGGUAAGGUGCUCUGACAACUGAUGCUUAAAGUUAGUGAGGGAGAUAAGAGUCUCCAGCUUCAGAGAUUUUUGCAAUUCGUUACAGUCAUUGGCAGCAGAGAACUUGAAGGAAUGGCGGCCAAAGGACGUGUUGGCUUUGGGGAUGACCAGUGAGAUAUACCUGCUGGAGCGCAUACUACGGUCUGACCACCGCUGCCCUCCCCGUGAACCAGAGAGAGAGAGAGAAGUCCCAGGCUAACGUGUCCUCCCCUUAGCAUUAGUCGUAGUAGCGCUAGCAUCAAUGUUAGUGCCGCUAAUCCUUCUCCUGAGGCCUGCUGUUGACUCGGCAGGUUUCAUCGCUGCCGCGCGCUACAGCGCUAGCGAUGCUAAUCAUCAAGGCGUUCGUUCGCCCCUUCCUUCUUCACCACCACUAAAAUGGGAGGAGGGAAAGAAAUGAGUGAGGGAUGGAAGAGAUAACUGCAUCAUGCUGCUGUGUAGCUGUGUAGCUCCGGCCCUGAUAUGUUCAUUACAAGACAAGAGCAGUGCAGUACAGGGAUGUAAUUAGCCCACUUCCCUUUUUUGGUUAUAAUGUCCAUACGUCAGUGACACACAGGGAGGGAGAUUAAGAUUAGUGCAGGAUUUAAAGUUCCAAUGCUGCCGUUUUUAUCUCAAUAUCAAAUCAUUUCGGGGUAACAAUUAAGUACCUUGCUGUGAUUAUUUUCAAUUAAAAAGAGCAAAAGAGCAAUUUCUCAAGCAUUAAUUUUGCUAGGAAUGUCUGGGAGUGGUCCGAGUGGGGAGGCGAAAACUGAAAAUUAGCUGUUAUUGGCAGAGAGGUUUGGAACUCUCUUCUACCAAAACUGGCUGAAAUUACAGGCAGCCUUUUCAAACAGCUCUUACACUAAAAGGGCAUUAUCAUAAUUUACAUAAUUUCACAGUAUUAUUCCAACCUCAAAGUGUGGGAAAUAUAUAAAAACACAGGAAAAUCCAGUUUUUGAAUGCACUGGGCCUUUAAGGGAGCCUUGCUGCAUGGGGAUGACAUGCUCCUGGAUGGCCCCAUCAAUAGCAGCUUCUGUUCGGACAGUCCAUAAGGAAACACACAGCCUUUCACUGAGGUUUAAUAACCAUAGAAUUAGAAUGUCCAUACGCCAAGUUGAUAUUCACGUAAUAAUAAGGAAUUCCCCUCAACCACAUCCACAAAUUGGGGAAAACAAACAUUCUUUCCUAUUGACCCCCAUUGUAAAAGAGCCAGCUUCGUCGUCGAUUUUUUUGAAAUAACAAAACAUGCCAAAAAUAUGCUGUGUUGUUCAAUGUACAUGUAACCAGGUCAAAAAUCCCAACCUACUGUUCGCAAUGCUCACACAUAGGGAAAUAGAGCCUACGAGAAAAGCCCUGUGACUUCAGGCUAUUCGGCGUGUGAGAGUGGGAAAUUUGAGGACCCGGUGUCCAAGUAGGCUACACGUAGCUAUGUGUGUGGAAAACAUUUAAUCACAGGUAAGACAUUUAACUUGUUUAGUAUUGUCCGUUUGAACCUCCACUCACUACUGGUAGCUGUAUAGUCCGUUUGUUUGUGUUGUUGGUCUUGGGUAGCUCACUCACGUGGCUGCUAGGACCAUCAUGAAAAGGGGCAUGAGGGAAGCCCUACAAUAUUACGUGUUUCUAUGUAGUGAAAACGCUCGGGAGCAGGCAAUGUUGAAAAGUAAUCUUUAAAGGUAGUUUUGUAAUUGACUAAAACAAGCAGACAACAAGAAAAUUGCAUUUGAAAAAGGUAAAGUAUUUGCUGUGAGCCAAUGGGGUAACCUAGGUAACCACAGGUUGUUUCCCCCACAAGCGGGCAGGGCCGUGAUGUCCUAUCUAAUACCGACUAGGACUAUUCUAGUGAUUCUAAUUCUAUGAGUUUAACAGUGUUCUAGAAUGUGGGCAGUCAGAACAGAAACCCACCCACCAUGUUCCUAUCUUCACUCCUCUGGUGUUGGGAAUGGAUGGUUUGGUUUAGGGAGAUGGGAGCUGCUGCAUGGAUGAAACUCUAGGAAAUGUGAAAUGGGCCAUAAUUGUGUCAGUCUGUCUGCUGUAAGUUCAGCUGAGAGCUGAGAGAUCAUAAUAGGCCCUACGCUCUAUCUCCAGUUGACUGAGGAAAUGUAAUUAACUGCAGAACACAGGCACCUGUGAUGCUGGUGGGAGGGGGUGGGGGGGGUGAUGAGGCAGAGGGGGUGCGUUGCUAGGAGACCAUAUCAGAAACAGGCGAGAGUAGAGUCCGUAAUUGCCUGAUUAUUUGUGGCUCCUGGUACCAGUCUCAGCCUGUUUCAACAAAGUGCUGCCCAUUCCAACUAGCCCUGCCCCCAACACCACCCACCCCCUAAAUCCAGCUUCCCCCCCACCCCCAAAAAAACCUCCAAGCCACCCCAACCUGCUCUCUUUUUUGGGGAUUUGGGUUGCCAGGCAACUGUAUUAGACUCAUCCAGAGCAGAGCCAUAAUUGGCUGGUGGUGCUGAGUGUCCAUGGCUGGCGGAUUCAGCCGGCUGCACGCCUCUCUCUCUCUCUCACACAAACUCUCUCUCUCGUCCGGUUACUAGGCGACUCCAUCAUGCAUCCUCACUUCGCCGAGUUAUAAUUGGCUGGCAUAGUGGUUGCCGUGGCACUAUGGCGGUGGGUCCAAGCCGGCCCUACUUCAUUCUGUCAAGUCUGGAGAGGGGGAGAAGGGAGGGAGGGAGAGAGGGACAGAGGGAGGGAGGGGAAAUGCGAAGGGGAGGUGCUGAUGGUAGUGGAGAGGAGGAGAGGAGGAGAGGAGGAGAGGAGUGGGAGCUUUGGCCAAUUACUGGGGAAGGGGUGUGAAACGUUUACUGUCUCGCACCUGUGACCCCAAGACUCUCCAAAAUGACAGAGAGCGGUCCUUGAUGCCUGACUGCCUGCCUGCCUGUCUGCCUCUAGCUCUCCCUACCUGCCACCGUCCUGCCCUAUCCCUCCCCUCCCUGCCCUGUCUGCCUAUCUCCCCUCACUCCCUGUCUGUCCUCUAUCUCUCCCUCCACUCCCUGUCCGCCCAUCUAACCUCCUGUCUGCCCUAUCCUCCCCCCUGUCGGCCUCUAUCUCUCCCUCCCUCCCUCCCUGUCUGUGCCUCUAUCCAUCUCUCCCUCCCUGUCGCCCUAUCGCUCCCCCUCCCUGUCAGCCGCUAUCUCUCCCUCCCUGCUGUCUGCCUCUAUCGCCUCCUUCCUGUCCCUGCCUCUAUCUCUCCCUCCUGCCUUUCUGCCUCUAUCUCUCCCUCCCUGCCUGUCUGCCUCUACCUCUCCCCCGUCUUCCGCUAUCUCUCCCUCCCCGCUGUCUGCCUCUAUCUCUUCCUCCCUCCUUGUCCUGGCUCUAUCUAUCCUCCGUCGCCCUCCCGUUCCUGCCUCUAUCUCCCUCCCUCCAUCCCUGCCUGCCUCUAUCUCUCCCUGCCUACCUCCUCUAUCUCUUCCCUCCCUGUCUGUCUGUCUCUCUCUCCCUCCCUCCCCUGUCUGCUCUAAUCUCUCCCUCCCUGCCUGUCCCAUGCCUCUCUCCCUGCAUGUCACCUCUAUCUCUCCCUCACCUGCCCUGUCUGCCUCUAUCUCUCCCUCCCUGCCUGUCCUGUCCUCUAUCUCUCCCUCCCUGCCUUCCUCUACUCGCCCUCACUCCCUUUCAGCCUCUAUCCUCUCCCGCCCGCCCUGUCUGUCUCUACCCUCCCUCCCUGUCUCUAUCUCUCCCUCCCUCCCUGUCUGCCUCUAUCUCUCCCUCCCUCCCUGUCUGCCUCUAUCUCCCCCCCUCCUGUCUGCCUCUAUCCUCCCUCCCUCCGGGCCUCUAUCUCUCCCUCCCUCCCUGUCUGCCUCUAUCUAUCUCCCUCCCUUGCCUGCCUCUAUCUCUCCCUCCUCCUGUCUGCCUCUAUCUCUCAUCUCCCCUCCCUGUCUGCUCUAAUCUCUCCCUCCCUGUCUGCCUCUAUCUCUCCCUCCCUGUCUGCCUCUAUCCUCUCCCCAUCUCCCUGUCUGCCAUCUCCCUCCUGCCUGCCUCUAUCUCUCCCUCCCUCCCUGUCUGCCUCUAUCUCUCCCUCCCUCCCUGUCUGCCUCUAUCUCUCCCUCCCUCCCUGUCUGCCUCUAUCUCUCCCUCCCUGCCUGCCUCUAUCUCUCCCUCCCUGUCUGCCUCUAUCUCUCCCUCCCUCCCUGUCUGCCUCUAUCUCUCCCUGCCUGCCUCUAUCUCCUCCCUCCCUCACCUGCCUCUAUCUCUCCCUCCCGCCCUGCUGCCUCUAUCUCUCCCUCCCUGUCUGCCUCUAUCUCUCCCUCCCUACCCUGUCUGCCUCUAUCUCUCCCUCCCUGCCUGCCUCUAUCUCUCCCUCCCUCCCUGCCUCAUCUUCCCCUCCCUCCCUGCCUCUAUCUCUCCCUCCCUCCUGCUUCUAUCUCUCCCUCCCUCCCUGCCUCUAUCUUCCCUCCCUCCUGCCUCUAUCUCUCCCUCCCUCCCUACCUCUAUCUCUCCUCCCCUGCCUGCCUCUAUCUCCCUUGCCUGUCUGCCUCUAUCUCUCCCUCCCUCCCUGCCUGCCUCUAUCCCUGCCUGCCUGUCUGCCUCUAGCUCUCCCUCCCUCCCUGUCUGCCUCUAUCUCUCCCUCCCUGUCUGCCUCUAUCUCUCCCUCCCUCCCUGUCUGCCUCUAUCUCUCCCUCCCUGCCUGCCUCUAGCUCUCCCUCCCUGCCUGUCUGCCUCUAUCUCUCCCUCCCUCCCUGUCUGUCUCUAUCUCUCCCUCCCUGCCUGCCUCUAUCUCCCUCCCUCCCUGCCUCUAUCUCUCCCUCCCUCCCUGUCUCUAUCUCUCCCUCCCUCCCUGUCUGCCUCUAUCUCUCCCUCCCUGUCUGCCUCUAUCUCUCCCUCCCUGCCUGCCUCUAUCCCUGCCUGCCUGUCUGCCUCUAUCUCUCCCUCCCUGUCUGCCUCUCUCUCUCCCUCCCUGUCUCUCUCUCUAUCUCUCCCUCCCUGUCUCUCUCUCUAUCUCUCCCUCCCUGUCUGCCUCUCUCUCUCCCUCCCUGUCUCUAUCUAUCUCUCCCUCCCUGCCUGCCUCUAUCUCUCCCUCCCUGUCUGCCUCUAUCUCUCCCUCCCUGUCUGCCUCUCUCUCUCCCUCCCUGUCUCUAUCUAUCUCUCCCUCCCUGCCUGCCUCUAUCUCUCCCUCCAUGCCUGCCUCUAUCCCUGCCUGCCUGUCUGCCUGCCUGCAUAGCAGGCUCUCAUGACAAGGCAACACUGUCUGGGGAUAUGAUCUGCUACGGGUUUUACACAAUGGAGGAGAAUGGGCAAAUAAAAACCUUCAGGUCUUUUGGCAAAAUGUUUAUGAGUGUAUCAAGGGGCAGAGGCAGGCAGAUGUUCAGAAUGUGUUGCGUUCAUGUGUUCACCCCAGAGGUAGAGGAGUGUUGUGUGGAGUGUGUCAAGUGGAAUCUGGCUGUAAAGUGGUGUGUUGCUGAUUCAGUGCUGAGGUGUUGCCGUAUCUCUGGCUUCGUCCGAAAUGGCACUCUUUUCCCUAUAUAGUGCACUACGCAUAGGGCUCUGAUCAAAAGUAGUGCACUAUAUAGGGAAUAGGGUGCCAUUUUGGAUACACCCUCUUGCUCAAACAGCAGCCAGUACAGGGUCAUUACCCAGUACCCAGAAUGCCUUCUACUGAUUUGAAUAAUAUUCAAAACACAGAAAGGAAAGCACAGCAGAUGAUCCUGAGGUGUUUCUUCCCUGAAAUCUGUGUCACACUACCACAAUCUCACCACAGACAAUGGAUCAAAUAAUAUCUAAAAAAUAAACGGAAUGAGAAAAGAGAAUGGGAAAUAAAAAGGUAGCACUCACAGUCCAUGUGCCUGUUCUAUUCCCAUCUCAUCUUACAACAUGGAGGAUGGGGGGAGUGGGGGGUGUAGAGGAGAAAUGGAAGGAUGGGGGAAUGGGGGGUGUAGAGGAGAAAUGGAAGGAUGGGGGAAUGGGGGGUGUAGAGGAGAAAUGGAAGGAUGGGGGAAUGGGGGGUGUAGAGGAGAAAUGGAAGGAUGGGGGAGUGGGGGAUGUAGAGGAGAAAUGGAAGGAUGGGGGGACGUGCGUUGCAUCACUCUGUUCUCUCCUCUCCUCCUCCGCCACGUCAUCCUUUACUUUCAGUUGCAUCAUCGCGCUCGCAGCAGAUUCCACAGUGCACUCCAUUAUGUAAAACAAAACCGCAUCAUCCUUUACCGUCUGCUGCUGGGGUUGCCUCGGAUUUACUUUUGGCAAUGAAAUCACUGACAUUUCUACUACUAAUCAACACCUUUUGUAGCAGAUGUUUGUAGCAGAAUUGGCUUAAAUGACUUAAAUCAACAUAUGCAGUACUCUACACAGUACAUUGCUGCAAAUCAGCAGAAUAUAUUUUACCAUGGUCAUUUUCAAACAUAAGGACAUUUUCCAUACGUUUAUUCUUUAAUUCUACUGGAGGAAAUGAGAAAACACGCUUUUCCAUUUACUUUGGGGAUUAAAAGGAAAAGCUCCUCUGUCACGACUUCCGCAGAUUCUGCCCACCCUCCUGGUUCGGGCAGGCUUCGGCGUUCGUCGUCACCGGAGUACUAGCUACUGCCGGUCCCAUUCUCAUCACUCCACUUGUCUUGUCAAUCACACACACCUGGUGCUCAUUCCCCUAAUUAGUAUGUGUAUAAGUGUUCCCUCUGUUCCCCUUGUGAUUGUUUUGUUGUAAGAGCGUGUAGCUCGGUUGAGCUACAUUUCACUGUGUUAUUGCCAAGGUGGAUGUUUUCCCUUGUACAGUUUCAUUUGAUGCUUGGAGCGUUUGAUUUAUGCAAACGUAUUAAACUCUGGACUUCGGUAUUUUACCUCCUGCACCUGACUCCUUCCUUCACACCUCGUCACAUCCUCGGUGUGAUUCUGAGCAUCACCAGAGCUGUGUUCUGUAGAGUACCAUCCCCACCUCCAUUCGCCUCCAUUCACCUCCAUUCGCCCCUCCACACACAGCCUGACAGUAUAGGGACCCUCCUCUCUCCUCACUCUCUGCUUCCUCUGUCUCCCACUGUCGCCUGUGAUUUGGACGUACCACUGCUCUCCCGAUUGAGCCGCUUAGAUUUCACUUUAUGGCACUUUAGUCUAGUUAGGAAGAUUGGUAGACAUGGUGAUCAGGGGAGGCGGUGGCAGCUGGCUGACUGGAAGUACGGUAUUACUUCCCAUUAAGCGUCAUUAAGACCCCAAUUAUCGUUACCACCCCCGGAUCUGAAUCAACCACGGCAGCAGCGCUCGGCAGCACCAGGGUGGGUGCCACCCCAAAACCCUCUCCGAAUUUAGCCCCCUCCUACCCACCACCCACCAGGUCUAGGCCCAUUCGAACACAGCCAGCCUGGUCCCCAGGAGGGGUACCUCAGGGUCCGGACACCCCCCCCCGCACCCUGCUGCACCCCCCUUUCACAUCCCAAAAGGGAUUUUUUUUCACCAGGGAGAUAAAAAUACAGCAUGUGAACAAUAGAUAUCUCCCUCUCCCAUCUGUUCAACUGGGGAGAAAAUUCAUUAGAAUUUCAGAUCUCUCCGCAGGGGGUCAGGGAGCAGAGAGGAGAGGAGGAAGAGGGGAGCAGAGAGGAGAGGAGGAAGAGGGGAGUGUAGAGGAGAGGAGGGAAAAAAACGUUUCAUUUUCACGGUGAUUUUAGUUUUAGGAUUAUGAAUUAAUAUGGCUUCGCUGAAAGACUUCAUUUAGCGAACUCUCGGAGUCCCAGGCUGGCUAAUUGACAUGAUUGGGUGAUGUUAAACACUGCGGUAACUAAGCCUGGGUGUGUUAUCCUGGCCUGGGUAACUUCUGUAACACAGGGACAUUAACUAGCUGGGAGGAGCUCAUCUGUGGCUGCUUGGUGAUGAUGUUAUAGCAGUUUACAACUCACUAUUCCCACCUUAAAACAUAAAAUAACUGUUGUAUUUAGGUCACCGCUGUUUAAAGUGUAACGUUUUCUUUUCUCUGUCUGUCUUGUCAGGUGAGAAACCAUACAAGUGCUCCUGGGAGGGCUGUGAGUGGCGUUUCGCCCGGAGCGACGAGCUGACAAGGCACUAUCGCAAACACACCGGGGCCAAGCCCUUCAAGUGUAACCACUGCGACAGGUAUGUACCACACACGCCAACAUCAAUUACACACACACUUUGCAUGUCACCGACCCAGUGGUGA